ACACAACAACUUCAUCAUUCAAGCAGCUAUCACCAAAACCUGUGUGAAUUGUCACUUUCCCUUCUUCCAACAAGAUGCAAAGCAGGAAGAUCCAUGGAUACCCACAACAGCAAUACUAUGAUGAUGAUAGCUCGUGGAUGGAAACUAAGGCGCAACAGCUACAGAGCCAGGGAUAUCCACAGACACAGCAAUAUCCAGGCAUGAAACCUGGUUAUGGCAAUGACUCUGAUUACUCGAUGCCAAAACAUCAUGGCCAUGACUCUAACUACAACAAUAUGUAUUAUCAGGACAGCAAGCCUCAUGGCCAUGGCCAUGGUCAUGGCUAUGAUAAUAAGCAUGGUCAUGGUGGCAAUGGCCAAAUGUUCCCGUUUGGUGCUACCACCAAUCACUCACCUCAUCAUGGUAGCAGUGGAAAGCCAUUCAAACAUGAAUAUGAAGUUUACAAGGAGGAGCGUAUCGGUUCUGGCGCGACGAAGAGGGAUGAAGUGAGAUAUGAAAGGCGUGGGACAUAUGGAGGAGAUGUUUAUCAGGCCAAUCCAUAUGGAUACAAUAAUAAUCCUCAUGGUCAUGGAGCAAAGAAAGGCAAUUGGACACUAAAAGGAGUCUAAUAUGCUUGAUUACUGAUAUUACCACCUCUGAAUCCAGCCAGUACUAUAAUAAAUGUGUGCUUUGUUUUCUAUUUUCUUGUUGUAAUAAGAUCAUGGCCCAUAUAAUAUGUGGUGCUUCAUAUAUAUGAUCAAUGUUAUGUGUAACUCAUUAUGAAGCUAUAAUAAGAUGUAUGUGGAGUUAUAUAUUAGAUUGUGAUUA